GCUCGACUGAACCAUCCAUGGCUAUCCGCGAAACGAACCGUGGCCAGGAAACAUCAUUUGGCCAUGGAUGGCGGGCGCCAAGAGGGCGCAAGGAGUGCGCUCCUGCUUCUGACACUUCUGAACAUGUUUCGAUGCGCUGACCACUCCAUUCUGAUCCCAUUGAAGUCUUUGCUGCAGGAGGAUUUGCACCUCACGGACGAGCAGAGUGCCUGGCCAAACACGGUGUCCAUGGUGUCCAUGAUGAUCUUCUCGGUCGCUUUUGCCCUGCUUCUGGCCGAGGGCAAGCUGAAUCGGCGUUUCAUCCUCACCUUGGCCCUGGUCACAUGGUCUGCCGCCACCUGCAUGUGUGCAGCUGCUACUGGUCUGAGGAGCCUGUGCUUGCUGCGGGUUUUCGUGGGGCUCGGAGAUGCAGCGUUCGUCACCGUAGUGCCUUCGCUGAUGGCAGACUUUUACCCAGCUGCUGACCGGCCUGGCGUGUUUGCGCUCCUCACCAUGGGGGAAUACCUGGGAGGAGCUCUUAGCUUCGGGCUCUCCGGGUUCAUCGCCGAGCGCACCGGCUGGAGGGUUGCCGUGCUCUGCCUGGGCAUCAUGUCCUUCCUGUGUGCAAACCUGCAACACAACGUGAGAGAGCCGAAGGCAGGUAUCCAUGACUUGUGCAGCGACCAGGACUCCGCGCUGCUUGACCGAUGCUUCGCUGUGCUCCGAAACCAGUACGUCGUGCCACUGUUGCUGCUGAGUUCUGGGAUGGGCUUUGUCUUCACCGGCGCCCUGGAGUGGUAUCCGACUUAUCUGCAGCGAUAUGGUGGUCAAGAUGUUGGCUUGGCUGGCCUCGCAUGCGGUGCUGCCAGCUUAGCGGGCGGCCUUCUGGGCGGAGUCCUAGGAAUGAAAGCGCUGUCGCUUCUGCGCCGAUUUGUCGGUAGCGCAGAUUUGCUGCUGCCUGGGAUCUUCAUGGUGCUCAGUGGCUCUAUGUGGCUUGUGGUGCUGCACUCCCCGUUGGGUGUGAACGCGGCGGCACUGGUUGCAGGAGGCUUCGCCUUUGUCACCUGCCAUGCGGGAAGCAUGGUGCCAGUGUCGGCGCUGCUGAGCAUCGUGCUGCCGUCCAGGCUGCUGGGCUUGGCCUUCGUCGCCCAGGAGCUGUGCCAGAACCUCGCCUCCUCGGUGGCCCCGCCGCUCGUCGGCGGCUUGUCGGAUCACCUCGGCCUCAGGCCUGCGAUGCACGUGCUGCCGGCGGUGCAGCUUGCCACUGGACUCGGCUUCUUGCUGUUCUUCCUGUGCCUGGACGGGACCCCUUGCCCACCGCAGGUGGAGGCGCGCCUUGCCAGCUUCUUUGAGACAGAGGCGGAGUCUGACCCCGUGAAGAAGCCCGUCGAAUAUGCGAGCUGUUAGGGCCCUGUCAGGGGUGCCAAAGAAGCACCCGUUCCGAGAGCAAGGCUCUCGCCAUGCCUUCGAGUCGUGUGCGGCGGCUCUCAGAGGCACAGUCUCGAGAGACUUCUUUGCCAAGAGAAGAGAGGUGCCCGAGAUCCAGGAAUUCUGGAGCCUGCCUGGGCAAGAUGCUCGACCCUCUUGGUGCUGAACAACGGCUUAUCAGCGAUUUGUGUGGGCCACAUGUUCGCUUUGCAGCCUUGCUGGGAUUCUGAACAAGUCAGAGUUCAUGCUGGUGCUUUGAGAUGCUUCCUCUGCUGAAAGAUUGUGGUGCGCUUUCGAGAUCGAAAGAAAGGAGAAGCGAGAGAGGCCACUGGUCGUUUGUCCAACCCUGACAGGGC